AUGAACUACAACGUAGCACCCGGUGCAGGGCAGCCGUCCGCCGCCCCUGCCACCUCUUCCGCUAUCGCCCCACACCCCGAGGGUUCAACUGCUGCAUCGACCCCUUCGACAGUGCAGCAUCUCGCCGUGCGCCUCCCGUCCUUCUGGCCGGAAAACCCGCAAGUCUGGUUCUUGCAAGUGGAGUGCCAGUUCGCGCUGGCUGGCAUUACCAACCAAACUACGAAGUACCGCCACGUCGUGAGCGUCCUACCUCAGGAUGUCGCCGCCCAGCUGGUCGACCUGCUUGCCACUCCCCCCACGCAGAACCCUUAUGACACGCUGCGAACUGCUACUCUCGAUCGGACCACAGCCUCCGAACGGCAAAGAUUGCAACAGCUUUUGACAACCGAAGGGCUGGGCGACCGCCGGCCCAGCCAGCUCCUUCGCCACAUUGCAGUCGCUCCUUGGAGACAGGGCUCCUUCUUUCACCCUUCCCUUUUGAAGGAGCUAUUCCUCCAACGUCUUCCUGCCAAUGUGCAGAUGAUACUAGCUACAGCUACCAGCCUGCCUCUUCCAGACUUUGCUGCUCAUGCGGACAAAAUCAUGGAGGUUUCUUCCCCACACAUCGCCGCCAUCCCCGCUGCAGUUGGCGUGCAGCCAGCCCAUACCCACUCCGUACCGGUCCCUUCUGGCGGCGAUUCCCUUGCCCACUUGAGGGAAGAUUUCAAUCGCCUAUCGGCCAUGGUCGUCUUUGCCCUACAACAACCACGGGCACGCUCGCGGCGCAGAACCUCCCGGCGUUUCCGCUCCCCCAGCAACAGACCCACUGCCCACCCACCAAGUCAUGCCCGCGACGGUUCCCCUGCUCCUGGCCUUUGUAGGUACCAUCGCCGUUUCGGCGCAGAGGCCCGCCACUGCAUUCUGCCUUGUACCUGGGAGGGAAACUCUUCCGGAGGCCGCUAA